UCCAUGAGAUUAAUUAGUAACAUGAAAUCCACUAACCAAACAACUAUUUUAGAAUUCCGCCUUUUGGGACUGACAGAUGACCUAGAGCUACAGCCGCUCAUCUUCAGCCUGUUCCUGUCCCUGUACCUGGUCACCAUCCUGGGGAACCUGCUCAUCAUCCUGGCUGUCAUCUCUGACUCUCUCCUGCACACCCCCAUGUACUUUUUCCUCUCCAACUUGUCCCUCACUGACAUCUGUACCAGCACCACCACGAUCCCAAAGAUGCUGGUCAACAUCCAAACACAGGAUCAGAGCAUCACCUACCCAGGCUGCCUCUCCCAGGCCUUUUUUGCUUUGCUUUUUAGUGGCUUGGAAAAUUGUCUCCUUGCAGCGAUGGCCUAUGACCGCUACGUGGCCAUUUGCCACCCUCUGAGGUACACAGUCAUCAUGAGCCCCCGCCUCUGCGUCCUGCUGGUUCUGUUCUCGUUGCUCAUCAGCACUGCACAUGCCCUGCUCCACACUGUGAUGGUGCUGCGGCUGUCCUUCUGUGCGGACCUGGAAAUCCCUCACUUCUUCUGUGAACUGGCUGAGGUCAUCAAGAUCGCCUGCUCUAAUACCUUCAUCAAUAAUAUGCUGGUGUAUUUAGUGGGUAUCAUAUUUUUUGGUGUACCUCUUUUGGGGAUCAUUUUCUCUUAUAUCCAAAUCGUCUCCUCUGUCUUGAGGAUCACGUCAGUGGGAGGAAGGUAUAAAGCCUUUUCCACCUGCGGAUCUCACCUCUCAGUGGUGUCCUUGUUCUACGGGACAGGGUUUGGAGUCUAUAUGAAUUCUGCAGUGACUGACUCCUCCAUUGGGAAUGUGCUGGCUUCAAUGAUGUACACUGUGAUUCCUCCAGUGAUGAAUCCCCUUAUCUACAGCUUGAAGAACAAAGACAUGAAAGGAGCCUUGGCCUAUCUCAUUGUUGGAAUACCGUUUGUGUGA